AUGUAUUCAUCAUCACAACGAAACGUUCACGUACCACGUUAUUUACCGCCACAACACACUAAAAAGCUCAGGCGGAGUUUCAACUGUAGCGCAACAAAAAUCACAGAUGCUGAAGUUUGGAUUAAAUCGAUUAAACUAUGCCGUAUCUUCUGGCCUUGUCAAAAGUCAAAAAAGAAGCACAUACACAAGGCUUCCUUAAAAUGGUCUACUUCACAUAUUACAUAUAGAGAAGAUCAAGUUCCGAGAAAUACAGAUAUUCUAGUUAUCGGUGGAGGUAUCAUAGGUUGGGCAACAGCUUUUUGGCUCCGACGUGAUUCAAAGUUUUCUGUCACUGUUGUUGAGAAGGAUCCUACAUAUAGUCAGUCAGCCACAGUUCUUGGACUAGGAUCUAUACGACAACAAUUUUCAGAACCAGAAAAUAUACAAAUGUCAUUGUUUUCAAUCGAGUUUUUGAGAAAUGUAUCAAAUUAUCUAUGGGUGGAAGAUCCAACAGAAAGCAUAGAUAUUGGUUUCAAUCCUCAAGGUUGUUUAAUGUUAGCAAAUGCUGAGAAUGUGGAUUUGUUAAAAGAGAAUUAUUUAUUACAGAUUGAUCUAGGAGCAAAAGUUGAACUGCUAACUAAAGACGAUCUGUCUACGCGUUGGCCAUGGAUGAAUGUUGACGACAUUGAAAUGGGUUGCUACGGUUAUGAAAAUGAAGGAUGGUUUGAUCCUUUUCUUUUGCUGAAGGCAUUAAAAAUAAAAUGUCAUUUCAUGGGAGUAAACUAUGUUGUUGGAGAAGUGACUGACUUCCAUGCUAGUCCAUUCAUUAUGGUAUCUUCUUCUGGUGGGGAGUCACAGAGACCUCCAGUAUCAUGUAAACCUUUACGUUCUGCUACAAUUUCCCUUCCCAACCAAAUGAAUAUUUCUAUUAGUUUUAAUUCAGUAGUAAAUGCAGCAGGUCCAUGGGCAGCAGAUGUGGCUGAAUUGGCUGAAAUUGGCAGCGAAAAUCUUCCUUUAGGGUUACCAGUUGAGCCAAGAUAUCGUCAAAUUUUCGUUGUGCGACCUAAAAAUACACUUAGUCAUGUAGAAAGUCAUUAUCCAUUACCUGGUUUAGAUAUGCCAUUUAUGAUAGAUCAUAAUCGUUUAUUUAUUGAACGUCGUGAUCUUUCCGGGGAAUUUAUUGUUUAUUCUGAUAAUCCUAAAUUUGAUUCUCUUAAUAAUAAUUGUAAUAAACAAAAUUCGGUGAACCAUGAAUUUUUCCAUGAACAUAUUCAACCGUUAUUGUGUAAACGUAUACCAGGAUUUAAAGAUGCUGAAGUAACUUCAGGUUGGAUAUCUAUAUGUGAUUAUAAUACAUGGGAUCAAAAUUUAAUUAUUGGUUCCCAUCCAUUACAUACUAACAUGUAUUUUUGCAAUGGUUCAAGUGGUCAUGGUACACAGCAUGCUAUAGCAAUUGGAAAAUCAAUUUCUGAAUUGAUUGCCUUUCAACAAUAUAAAACAUUCAAUCUAGUACGUUUCUCAUUUGAUCGUUUAUUUUCUAAUCAAACUGUGAAUGAAGUGAAUUGUUUUUAA